CGAAUCCUCUCAUUCUCCACCAAACCACCCAGAGCAGAGUUUUCCAGGGACAGGAGAGAGAAGGAGCUGCCCACUGUGCUGCCCCUGGGUCAAGCUCUGAGAGGGGCGUAGGGCUGGGGACAGUGGCCAGGACUCAGGGGCUGCGGGGGCAGGUUCUGGGUGCAUCACAGAGUGCGCCCUGCUGUGCCCGCCCAAGUGCGGGGCCUGAUCUGACCAGGUGAGCCCUUCUCCGAGGAAGCUGAUGAGGGAGAACUUCUCCUGCUGGCACUGAAGAAGCAAAGUGUGGGGGUGGGGGAGCCUCGCGGAAGGGGGCUGUGGGCACCUCCAGGAUCUGAGGGAACCCCAGGAGUAGCCCGUGAGAGAAACAGGAGGCCUACAGCCAAGAGUGCAUCCUCUAGAAGACAGGGAAGAAAAAAGAAUGCACCCUCCCAACAGCCAGGGAGUGUGGGAGAGGCCCAGCCUCCAGUGCCUGGCAGCUUCAGCACCCACUUCAGCCUGGGAGCCCUGGGCAGGCCCGGCCAUGCCACCCAAACCCUCGUCUACGGCUGGGCGCUGACAUGCAGUGGUGGUGAAGUCACCAAGUUCAAGGUAAUUUGUUGCACAGCACGGAUAUUUAAUGCAGGAGGGACUGGAUAAACAUUUAGGCAGGAAAAGAAAGAAGAACAAAGGAGGGAGGGAGGAGCCACCAGGAAGGAAGGAGGGUGACUGCAGAGACCAGCCCUGGGCAGCGGUACCAGCGGUGCACGGAGCCUGGCCCGGGCCGUUGUCACUGGAAUUCAUGCCAUGCAGACUUCUACAUCAAAGGGAAACGAGGUCGGGAGGGCCGAGGGGUCCACAGCACUCCGCACCCAUGGGGCCAGGCUGGCACAACGCCCCAACGCUGCAACCCUGGGAAGAGUCACACGCACCCUCCCGGGACCCACAUGACUGUCAAGGGAGUGUGGCGGACACAUCCUUCGGGGGUGACGCCCCUGCAGAUGGCGUUUCCCCAUCUGUGCCACCCUUGCGAGGCCUGGGAAAGGCUGCAGGGCCAGGCGGCACUGGGCAAACCGAGUGCCAGGUAGUCAUUGCAACAUGCUGGGCAAAUCUGAAACCAUGGGACGGACGAGCUGCACCCCUGGGAAAGAGGACAGAGGGAGGGUUAUCAACGUCCUCCUGUGCCUCAGUUUCCAGAAACAAGCCAGACUCAGUGCCUCAGGGAGACCCCGUGUGGCCUCCGGAGAGCACAGGACCCGCCCUUUGUGCAGGUGAGGAAACCGAACCCCAGAGCAGUGCAGGACUGGCCUGGGGACCCCGGGCUCAGCCCUGGGCGCCUUCCCUCUGCCCAUCUCAGACAGGGGCAUGGCCAGCACCGCCUCGCCCCCGCACCUCCAGACUGGCCCUCCAGGGGCCCCCAGGCACAAUCCUCUCACUUUCCUCCUCAAGCCCCCGCCCUUCCCCUUCACACCAUGACCCAGGGGCUGCUAGCAGCUGGGCGGGGCUCCAAGGCUUGAAGCUGCUUCUCCAGGUCUCUUUCCAGGGGGCAGCAGAUGGCUGCUCACUCAGGGACGCCGACACCAACAGGACGGGACCCAUGCAUGGGUCUGACUUCCCUCCCAGGCUCUGCCUUCACUCAAUGGCCCUGUGGGGCAGCUGGGGCUCCCGGCCGCCCUCCCCUGCCCACAGCCAUGAGGUUUCUUCCUAGGGUUCUGUUUUCCCCACAGUCGGAAUUGAGGUGCUGGGAGGCUCCAGGAGAGGGAUGGGGUGGAGCGAGUGGCCUGGAGUCCCCCAGAGCAGACCCCAAAGAGAAGGGUCAGAAGGGCCCUGUGGGGUCUGGGCAGCUGGGCGGAGCCCACAAGCCUGAGACCCUGUGGGAAGGAAGUGCCCCCACCUCGUGGUAAGAAAGGGGCUGGUAGAGGCUCCUAUGUGGCCCCCUCUGUCCCCUCCCCACCUCUGGCCAGGCUUGGGAUGAGCCCUGAGUGGACACAGGCGCCACAAUGGGGUCUCGGGGGUGAGGGCUGAGGAGGCUGAGCCUCCAAGGACCCCAGGGUGCCUGUCCCCACUGCACACCCACCGGGGCACAGGGUAGGGAUAGUGCCAGGAGGGCCACAGCUGCAGGGUCCAUCCCAGGCCAUGGCACACAGGUAGAGGUGGGUGCCAGCCUUCGUGAAGCACCUGCGGAGGCUCCACUCAGGGAGACAACGAGGCCCUUGCCCAAAGGGAUCCUGGGUCACACGGGGCAGCAAGAAGGGGUGGAGCAAGUGGCCUGGAGCAAAGGGUUGGAGAGGCUCCGGGCGGCGUAUUCUCCCCCAAGCCCAUUCCAGGGCUGUGGGCACCCCCAAGAGGCAGCUAGUGGGACUGCAGCCAUGCAGGUCCUAGAGGGCAGGUGACAGGGGACAUGACAGAGGGGGACAAAGGGCCAGCAACAUCCCUGGGGGAGGCACAGAGAGGGCCGGACUGCCCUCUCUGGACUACGGAACCCAGAACCCAACGGCCAAUCCUCUCCCUACUCCUCACCCACAGUAAGGGGCCAGGGCUCCAUGCAAUGAGAACCCAUGGGUGAUGCCACACAGGGGAGAGGCCACGCUGGGGAGAGGCCAUGCAGGGGGGAGGUCACAUGGGGGAGGACACGCAGGGGAGAGGUCACAAGGGGGAGACGCCGCAGUGGGGAGAGGUCACAUGGGGGAGAGGCUACACAGGGGAGAGGCUGUGCGUUGGGGAGAUGGCCCCUGCGGGAAGACUCCGAGGCAGUCUGCUGCAGCUCCUUCCGGCUGAAUCUGGCUCAGGAAAUAACACCAGCCCUGUGUACAGGUAAGUGAUGCCUGGAGGGAUCAUCUCUGGGCAGCUCACCGCGGCACUGGCCAUUCUCUUCAUGGCAGAAGAGUCCACUUGGGGAAAAGGUUCCCAUCAGAGAUGGAGAUGUUCCCUUUCAGACUCCAGGCUGUGGCUGUGGGGCCGGCUCCUUACCACACGGGCUGGGGGCUGGGCACAUGGAUGCCCACUCCUGGGCCUUCCUCCUGGUGGGCCACAGCACCACACACACUGCAAACCAGGCCUCUUCUUCAUCCACCACCACCGUCCAGGCCUCAACAGUCACCAGGUGGGGUCCUGUGCCCUCUGGGGGAACUUCUGGGCUAAUGAGGGGGAACAGUCCCCAUUACCGGUCUGUCUUCAUGAGGCAGAGUAUAGGCAACAGUGGGAGUUCUGUGAGACUUGGGUCAACGUUCCAACCCCGGGGCUGCUGGCAGAACUGUCCCACUCUCGAUCCCACGGCCAGGAAGUGGGUCCAAAAUUGCCUGGCCAGGCCACACCCCUGCAUGAACUGCCCUACAACACCCAGGGCGCUGCCUGACUUGCCAUCCACCUCUCAGCCCCUCCCCUCACCCCUGCCGCAGCUGCAGGGCCUACCCUCGCCAGGGACUGCUCCCUGCUUACCUCCCUCGCCCGUGCAAUGCCUCUACUUCCCGCAGGGCCUGCUGGGAGAAGUUAUAGGUCACGAUCAUAUUUGAGCAUGAGAAGCUCACGCAGAGAACAUUCUGGCUGAGGGAGAGGUCUUGGGGUUCAAGGCUGUUUCUUGGUUCUGCUCAGCCAUGCCAGGCAGGAAAAUGGGCACCUCUGGCGACCCAGGCUGGCUGAGCGCCUGCAGGGAAGAGCCUUUGGCACGUGAGCCGCUGUGGGCUGGCAGGACUGCAGCUGGGGUCUCCAUCUACUGGUAUCUAGGCAAGGAGGAAAAGCAGGGGGGCUCGGAGGCGGCCCCUCUAAGUCUGUAACUCCUGAGCUGCUGCUCAGUCCCCAGAAUGUCACCUCCGGGCAGAGCCUGUGACAACUGUCAACUGUGAAGCUGUGGCGUGGGUUGCUACUGAAGCUCUGAAGUCAGCGAGGACACAUCAUGUUUGUUCUAGACCGUUUGGCUGCUGGAGGAAGCUGUACAUGCACACACUCGCCUCACCACCCUGCGAGUCCACAGGCCCCUCCUCAGUCACCUCCAGGUAAAGGGGGCCCUGCGUAGGGACUUGCUCUCUGGGGCGCUGAGAUGCUCUAAAAUGAACUGUGCUGCAGUGCACAGCUGCCCGAUUGUGCACCCACGACGGGGAACUGAACACUGCAUGAAUUACGUCUUGAAGUUGUUCUUUAAAAAGGCUUAGGGUCCCUGGAAGACCCUCGCCCACACCCAGGUGGAGCGUUGUUGCUCACGUGGCCGCACCUCUCAGGAUGGCCGUGGGUCUCCGUGAUGGGUGAGUCAAGAAGAUUCUUUUCUUCCUCCUUGUGGGCUCCAAAUGGGGAGGUGAGGCGCUGCCACUUGCCAGGUCAGCCUCUGAGCUUAGAAGAGGAGCAUCCAGGAGACCCCCGCUCACCAGGCACCCCCGAGCUCCCUCAAGCUCCCUUGGGAGCCUCAGACAGGGCCAACAAGGGCAGAGCUGCAUCAUGGGGGCGGGGGGCCACGGCGGCCCAGGCUGGGUGAAGAGCGGGUGUCCUGGUGUCAGAGCCCCACAGGAACCAGGGGCCCUGCAGGGGGUGGUGCGGCCGGGUGUGAAAGCAGGUGACCAGACAGGAGGGUUCCCGCGGGGGUGACAGAGCCAAAGGUGAGGAGGGCACCCAUGCGGGAAGGGGCGCAGCACCCACGCCCAGCCUCAGUUCUGCAUGAAAUGAGUAUCGGGGGUAAUGGAAGCCGGAGGUCCUUCGGGAAAGGGAGGUUCAAACACAAGGGAAACCCCAGAAUACACCCCGGGUGUCGUCACAGCUGGAGGCACCGCCUCUCCUGGAGGUCAACUCCUAACACGAGUAGGGCAGGCACAGGCAGCAGAUAAGACAGUGAGCAGCCAAUGCUGCAGCGGACCCCGGUACCCAGCUUCGGGUGGAGCGCCCCGAUGUUCCUGAGGGUGUUUCCAGGAUGAGGCUGAUUUGAAUUGGUGGACCGAGGAAAGCAGGUGGACCUCCGCAGAGGGGGCCUCAUCCAGUCUGCCUGGCCAAGGCCUUAAAAGACCGGGGUCCCCUCCCCUGAGGACCUUCCGGGGUCUCCAGCCAGCCGCCUGCCCUGCAGAACUCCCAACUGCCAGCCCCAGUCCUGUGAGCCGAAGCCUCACAAUGAACAGGGCACUCUCCCCUCCGCCACCACCACCACACACACACGCCUGCUAUGGACAGGACUGUGUCCCCUGACAAGCACAUGUUGAAGCCCUAACUCCCAGUGUGACUGGAGAUGGGGCCUCUAAGGAGGUCACUAGGGUUAAAUGAGAUCACAGGGCUGGGCCCUAGUCCAACCUUCCUGACAUCCUUGUAAGAGAGGUCAGGAUGGCCAGGCGCAGUGGCUCACGCCUGU